AAACAAAUUAUUUUAUUUUCUUUUUCUCAAACGCCGGGGCAUUUCUAGAACAAAUUUAAUUAAUUUAUUUAAGGAAAAAUGUUAAUUUAUAAAUUAGUUAUAAGUUCCUUAAUGGUAAUGGCCUUGGCCACCUUUCCCGAAGAAGAACAAGGCGUACGCUAUGCCAAUCGCUGUGAAACUUGCAAAAUAUUGGCCACUGAACUGCAGGAAAGACUAAAGGAAACUGGUAAAUCUCAUGAUGUUAUAGAGAUAGGCUAUUCUUUGGACGAUGUUAAACCCAAGAAACGUACAGAAUACAGGCGCAGUGAAUUACGUCUACUGGAAUCUACGGAAAAUGUUUGUGAUAGAAUUUUGGAAUAUAAUCUCCAUAAGGAAAGAAGUGAUAGUACCCGUUUUGCUAAAGGCAUGUCACAAACAUUUAAAACUCUACAUGGCCUGGUAGAUAAAGGUGUUAAAGUAGAUUUGGGUAUUCCUUUAGAAUUAUGGGAUAAACCUCCGGUAGAAGUUACACAAAUGAAAAGUCAAUGUGAAAAUAUGCUAGAGGAAUAUGAAGAUGUUAUAUCGGAUUGGUAUUUUAAGCAGCAGGAUGAAAAAGAUUUAAUAGUACACCUGUGUGAAGAACAAGUAUUGGCUGUCGAUGAUAGAAAAUGUCUAAAGGAAACAUUGCCAGCAACUAGUGAAGAGGAGGAGCAGAAGGAAAAUGCUAAAAAUACUAAGAAAAAACCUAAAAAAGGAGAUAAACAGGAAUUGUAAUAGUAAUAAAAACAAUUUUUUCCAUUCCAUUUAAAAGCCAACAACAACAAAAUUCUAGAAUAAUUUACAGUAAAACCUCACAAGUGUUUUUUUACAAUUGUAUUCUUCCUGCUAAGUUUUUAUAAAAGGUCAUGUGUCCUUAUUGAAAUUUAAGAAUUAAUUUAACUUUAAGUCUAGAAAUUAUGUUUGCAUUAAUCUUCAUGUAAAUUUUACCAAAAACAAAUACAUACAUCAACGAUAGUAGAUUUUAAUAUUAUAAAUAAAGAAAUAAAUUAAUUUAAAAUAAUA